AUGGACAACAAUGCUCCUCACCUUCACCUAGCAGAACUGACUGCAUCUCAGUUCCUGGAUAUCUGGAAUCAUUUUGAUGCUGAUGGUAAUGGCUACAUCGAGGGCAAGGAGCUCGAGAACUUCAUCAGUCAGCUGGAGAGUGCACGGAAAGGAGCUGGUGUGGAUGCAUCAUUCAAAGACUUCAUGCAGAAAUUUGACCAGAACCAAGAUGGAAGGAUUGAGCUGGCAGAGCUGGUUCAGAUCCUGCCAACAGAACAGAACUUCCUGCUUUGCUUCAGACAGUUUUUGGGCUCCAGCUCUGAAUUCAUGGCGGCCUGGAGAAAGUAUGAUACCGACCGCAGCGGCUACAUCGAAGCAAAUGAGCUGAAAAACUUUCUCUCAGACCUGAUGAAAAAGGCUAACAAGCAGUAUGAUGACUCGAAAUUGGUUGAAUACACACAGACCAUUCUGAAGAUGUUUGAUCUGAAUGGGGAUGGGAAACUGGGCCUCUCUGAAAUGGCAAGGCUUCUACCAGCUCAGGAGAACUUCCUGCUGAAAUUCCAGGGCAUGAAGCUGACUGCUGAUCAAUUCAAUGGCAUCUUCACAUAUUAUGACAAGGAUGGCAAUGGCUACAUUGAUGAGCAGGAGCUGGAUGCCCUCCUGAAGGACCUCUAUGUGGACAAAAAGGACUCCCCAGACCUAGCCGGAUAUAAGAAAAGCAUCAUGGCCUUGUCAGAUGGGGGUAAACUGUACCGCACAGAGCUGGAAAUCGUGCUGUGUCGGGAUCCUAUCGGGUGAAUGUGAAGCUCCAGGAUUCCAUUUCACUUCUUUCUGCUGCCUGACUAAUGUAACCAUGAGCAUGUGCCGGGCACUACCCUGCUCCUUUGCGUGUGUUUUGAAUGAAUGUGCACUGCAAAGCACAAAGAAUGCACCAUUCUGCCUUUCUCCCUCCCACACCUUCCUAAUGCCCUCUGCCCUGGGUACAGACUGUCCAGCUACAUUUUUUUAAAAGAAAUCAUUUAAAAAAGGGUGAAAUGAAUUAUUAAGGAUAGAAUAUGCAUAUGAUGCAUUUAUUUAGUUACUUAUUUAUCUACCAAUCUAUUUAUUAUUUAUUCAUGUGUUUGGUUUGAAUACCCCUUCAUCCCUUGGUUUUCCAUUCUGGUUCACAUUCCCCCACAUCCUGGGUUGCCGAUCCUGAUCAUGUUUUUUUUGUUUCUAUCAGUCCCUGUAAUCACUUCUUUUCAAACUGUUUAUUUCUUUUCAAAAGGUUUUGUGAUGUUUUCUUCUGUUAAAGGAUGUUGUUACUGAAAGAAAUAAUAAAGGACUAGGUUAUGUGAA